AUGCCUUCCUACGCAAUUCUCGGAGCCACAGGCCAGACGGGACAGAGUCUGCUCAAUAUUCUAUCUAAAUUACCAGAUAGACAGAUUCAUGCCUAUGUUCGCUCGAAGUCAAAAUUAGAGCGCAUGUCUCCAGACGUCUGUGCGCUUCCGAGGGUCAAAAUCUACGAAGGCGACCUCAACGAUUCGGAGCUCAUUGCCGAUUGUAUCUCUGGUACACAGGCCGUCUUCCUGACUGCCGCCCAAUCAGAUAAUAUGCCUGGCUGUCGCGUCGCCUGUGACUCCGCAAGAAUCCUUGUCACCGCUCUUGGCCAGUUGCGGUUCAAAGACCCUACGGCGAGAUUGCCUCGGCUUGUGAUGCUCAGUUCCGGUACUAUUGACGAGCAUCUCUCUCGCGACAUGCCUAGAUUUGCGCAUUGGAUGCUUUUCACGGCCUAUUCGAGCGUCUAUAAGGACCUAAUCGAGGCGGAACAGUACUUGCGUGAUAGACAAGAUUGGAUCUCAACUACUUUCAUUAAACCUGCAGGGCUUGUGCAUGACGCCCAAAAAGGGCAUCAAUUGAGUACCGAGAAGCAACAAAGUUUCUUAAGCUUUCUUGACCUUGCGGCCGGUAUGAUCGAGGUCGCUGAUGCGGAAGGUAAUCAGUGGGACAAGAAGAACGUAAGCGUGCUGCCAACGGGUAAGAAUGUCAAAGUUGAAUACAUGGCACCCGUAUAUCUUGCGAAGGGACUGUUGUGCCACUUUUUGCCGAGUCUGUACCCUUAUCUACGAGCUUAA